UCACUCGCACAGAGCAAUUCGUUGAGAUCCAAUGUCUUCGCAACACAACUUCUCAGCGAGUAGCUCUAUCUGCCGCGGCCCUUGACGAGCGGCUAUGCCAUGGCAGCCAAUUAUUGGGAAUCAACCCAACGACGCUUCUGGCAGUUCACCAAGGACGAGCUGGCCGCCACGCGGCAGCGCCUCGAAGAUGAAGACCCAACCCUGGUCCAAAUGUUCCCGCUGCCGCAGUUGCGCCAUCUCAAUAUUUACUUCAAUCAGCAAAUCAACCGCCUCGGAAAGCGGCUCGGCGUUCGCCAACAGGCGCUGGCAACAGCCCAGGUCUACAUCAAGCGCUUCUACACGCGAGUCGAGAUCCGCCGCACGAACCCCUACCUCGUCAUCACCACGGCGCUCUACCUCGCCUGCAAAAUGGAAGAAUGCCCCCAACACAUCCGACUGGUCUCGCAAGAGGCACGGUCACUGUGGCCGUCCGACUUCCACGGCCACGACACUUCCCGAGUGGGCGAGUGCGAGUUCUCGCUCAUCUCGGAGAUGAACUCGCAGCUCAUCGUGCACCAGCCCUACCGCACGCUGCUGGCCUUCCAGGACGAGUUCGGCCUGACGCACGAAGAGACGUCGCUCGCCUGGACCGUCAUCAACGACCACUACAUGACCGACCUCCCGCUGCUGCACCCGCCGCACAUUGUCGCCCUGACGGCCAUCCUCAUGGCGCUGGUGCUACGCCCCGUCAGCAACACGACCGGAGGCGGCCCCACCGGCAGCAACACCAGCACGGGCGCGGCAGGAGCAGGGGCGGGAGGAGGAGGAGGAGCAGGAGGCGUCGCCUUGGCUGCGACGGCACUGGCACAGGCACAAUUGCAGGCGCAGGCUCGGGUGGCGGCCGUGUUUGCCGGCGGAGGCGGCGGCGGCAAUACGCCCGUGACGCCGGGAUUUACAUCCUCCCAGGGGUCGCAGGUGGGCUCGGCACAAGGGGAGAACUUGGGCGAGCCCAAAAAGGCGACGGAUCCCCGCCUCGCCAAAGUCCAGCGCUUUGCCAUGUGGCUGGCGGAAAGCAGUAUUGAUAUUGAAGCCAUGGUGGAUUGCACCCAGGAGCUGAUCUCGUUUUACGAGUGCCACGAGCAGUACAACGACAAGCACACGCGGGAGCAGAUCAGCCGCUUCAUCAAGGCGAGGGGGCUGGAUAAGUGAACGUUUCUUGGCCAGGUUCUUCAGGGCUUCAGUAACUCCUCUGUGGAGGUAGUCUGUCUUGAUACCCCCGCCGGCAUGGCAAUACGGGAUUGUCGCCUGCCCCGUCGUCUGGGCCCGGUUGACCAAGAAACCUUCUGCUCUGGGGGCCAGGUUAUCCAUCCAGCUCUCCAUAGUCAGCGCUGGGC